AUGGCAGAACGCGCGGGCAGCAGGGAGCCGCCGCCGGCGGGUCCUGCCCUGCCCGAGGCGCCUCACAAGGGCGGGGAGGAAGCCGAGCUGUGCCUAGAGCCGGUAUCCCUGGAAAUCCCUGCGGUGGCUCCAGGCAGGAGACGGGAGCGCCGCAGCGGACUGGCUAUGGCAGGAGCCGCCGAGCGCUUUCCCGGCAGCCUGGGGACCUCGGCGGGGGCAGCAGCGGAUCCCGAAGCCAGCCUCUUGGAAGCUGCCAAGGCGACCCCUCGCAGGAGCAGUAUUAUCAAGGAUCCUUCCAACCAAAAAUGUGGAAGGAAGAAAACUGUGUCCUUCAGCAGCAUGCCAUCCGAGAAGAAAAUAAGCAGUGCUAGUGACUGUAUCAGCUUUAUGCAGGCUGGGUGUGAACUGAAGAAAGUCCGUCCAAAUUCCCGCAUUUAUAAUCGUUUUUUUACUCUAGACACUGACUUGCAAGCUCUUCGCUGGGAACCUUCCAAGAAAGACCUUGACAAGGCUAAGCUUGAUAUUUCUGCUGUAAAAGAGAUAAGACUAGGGAAGAACACUGAAACAUUCAGGAACAAUGGACUUGCAGACCAGAUUAGUGAAGACUGUGCAUUCUCUGUAAUUCAUGGGGAGAACUAUGAGUCUCUUGACCUGGUUGCCAAUUCAGCUGAUGUGGCCAACAUUUGGGUGUCAGGUUUACGUUACCUGGUUUCUCGUAGCAAGCAACCUCUGGAUUUGAUGGAAAACAGCCAGAAUACCCCACGGUUUGUGUGGCUAAAAACUGUAUUUGAAGCUGCAGAUGUUGAUGGUAAUGGCAUAAUGUUAGAAGAUACAUCUGUAGAGUUAAUCAAACAGCUUAAUCCUACCCUAAAGGAAUCAAAGAUUAGGUUAAAAUUUAAGGAAAUCCAGAAAAGCAAAGAAAAACUAACAACUCGAGUAACUAAAGAGGAAUUUUGUGAAGCAUUCAGCGAACUUUGCACAAGACCUGAAGUUUAUUUCUUACUAGUGCAGAUAUCUAAAAACAAAGAAUAUUUGGAUGCUAAUGACCUCAUGCUUUUUUUAGAAGCUGAGCAAGGAGUUGCUCAUAUAACUGAAGAAAUGUGUCUAGACAUUAUCCGCAGGUAUGAACUUUCUCAAGAAGGACGGUUGAAGGGAUUUCUUGCAAUUGAUGGAUUUACUCAGUAUUUGGUGUCCCCAGAAUGUGAUAUUUUUGACCCUGAGCACAGAAAAGUUGUCCAGGAUAUGACUCAGCCUUUAUCACAUUACUAUAUCAAUGCAUCUCACAAUACCUAUCUAAUAGAAGACCAAUUUAGAGGACCAGCUGAUAUCAAUGGUUAUGUCAGGGCUUUAAAAAUGAAUUGUAGGAGUAUUGAACUUGAUGUUUGUGAUGGUCCAGAUAAUGAGCCCAUCAUUUGUAACCGUAAUAGCAUGACAUCACCGCUUGCCUUUCGAAAUGUUAUUGAGGUAAUAAACAAAUUAGCCUUCAUUACUUCAGAGUAUCCUCUCAUUCUCUGCUUGGGUAACCACUGCUCAAUACAACAACAGAAAGUAAUGGUUCAACACAUGAAGAAGAUUUUUGGAAACAAACUCUACACAGAAGCACCUUUACCAUCAGAAGCCUACCUUCCAUCACCUGAGACAUUGAAAAUGAAGAUCAUUGUGAAAGGGAAGAAGCUUCCCUCUGACCAGGAUUUAUUAGAAGGAGAAGUCACUGAUGAAGAUGAAGAGGCUGAAAUAUCUCGAAGAAUGUCUGAAGAUUAUGUGAAUGAACCAAGGCUGAUCUGGCUGUGCAGAGAGUUGUCUGAUUUGGUAUCGAUAUGCAAGUCUGUCCAGUACAAAGAUUUUGUGGUAUCUAUGAAAAGUCAGAAUUAUUGGGAAAUCUGCUCUUUCAGUGAGGCAGAGGCCAGUAGAAUUGCAAAUGAGUAUCCAGAGGACUUUGUCAAUUACAACAAGAAAUUUUUGUCUAGGAUAUACCCAAGUGCUAUGAGGAUAGACUCUAGUAACUUAAAUCCCCAAGAUUUUUGGAAUUGUGGUUGUCAGAUAGUGGCAAUGAACUAUCAGACUCCAGGACCAAUGAUGGAUCUACAUACUGGCUGGUUUUUACAGAAUGGGGGAUGUGGCUAUGUCCUUAGACCUUCUGUUAUGCGUGAUACAGUAUCUUACUUUAGUGCAAAUACAAAGGGCAUCGUUCCAGGGGUCUCUCCUCAAGUUCUACAUGUCAAAAUUAUCAGUGGUCAGAACUUUCCAAAGCCCAAGGGAGCUUGUGCAAAAGGGGAUGUCAUAGACCCAUAUGUUUGCAUAGAAAUUCAUGGAAUUCCUGCAGACUGUGCAGAACAAAGAACUAAAACUGUUCAGCAAAACAGUGACAAUCCUAUUUUUGAUGAAAGCUUUGAGUUCCAAAUAAAUCUACCAGAACUUGCCAUGAUCCGUUUUGUUGUUUUGGAUGAUGACUAUAUUGGUGAUGAGUUUAUAGGCCAGUAUACCAUACCACUUGAAUGUUUACAGCCUGGAUAUCGACAUAUACCCUUGCGCUGCUUUGUUGGAGAUAUCAUGGAGCAUGUUACACUUUUUGUUCACAUUGCAAUAACUAAUCGAAGUGGAGGAGGAAAAGCACAAAAGCGGAGUCUGUCGGUGAGAAUAGGAAAGAAAGGAAGCGAGUAUACCAUGCUGAGGAACACAAGCCUUAAGAUUAUAGAUGAUAUCUUUAAACUAGCAGUGCAUCCAUUACGAGAGGCCACUGACAUGAGGGAAAACAUGCAGAAUGCAAUUGUGUCCGUUAAAGAGCUUUGUGGACUCCCUCCAAUUGCCAGUCUGAAGCAGUGCAUCUUGACUUUGUCCUCUCGGCUCAUAAACAGCGACAAUACUCCCUCUGCCACUGUCUAUAUGAAAGAUACAUUCCCUUACCUGGAGCCUCUGGGGACCAUGCCUGAUGUGCAGAAAAAGCUUAUGGCUGCAUAUGAUCUGAUGAUUCAGGAGAGCAGGUUUCUUAUUGAAACGGCAGACACCGUUCAUGACAAGAUUGUUCAGUGUCAGAAAGCAGGCAUGGAAUUCCACGAAGAACUUCAUAACCUUGGGGCAAAGGAAGGUUUGAAAGGAAGAAAACUAAGCAAAGCCAUUGAAAGUUUUGCAUGGAAUAUCACUGUGCUGAAGGGACAAGGAGAUCUGUUGAAGAAUGCCAAGAAUGAAGCCAUAGAGAAUAUGAAGCAGAUCCAGCUGGCCUGCUUGUCAUGUGGACUGAGCAAAACUGGAAGUGGAAACAUGGAUGCAAAAUCAAAACGAUGCCUUGAGGCAAUAGAGGAGAAGGAUACUGGGGAUGAGAACGGCAGGCUGUGA